AUGGACUUCACCGACUGGGGCUCCGGCGUCGAGGAGUACGAGGAGUGCACGAUGGAGACCCUGUGGGGCUACAUCGGGCGCCAGAAGGAGAAGACCAUCCCCUUCUUCAACGUGAAGGAGAGCGCGAGCGGUCUCGCCGAUCCCUGGUCCGAGCAGGGCAUCAAGGACAUGGAAGCAGACGACGCCGUCCCCCUCAUCCCCCGGUGGCAUCAGCUCGUCGGCAUCGUCAAGAUGCUCGACAAUUACCUCUCCGGCCGUCCGACACUGCUCAUGGACGGUGUGGGCGUCGGCAAGACCAUGCAGGUCGUCGGGUUCAUCUGCGUGGUCGCCUUCUUCCACGAAUACUACUCGGUGCACGGCAAGUUCCCGGCAAAUACGGUACGCGACGUCAAAUAUCACGACAAGGGCAACACGCCUGACGAAGGCAACCUCCUCGUCGUCCCCGUCUCUCUCGAGAUGCAGGUGCUCCGCGAGAUCCGCCGAUACCUCCGCCCGAAGACGUUCGACGUCAUUUCCUACACGUCGACUGUGCGUGCGCCCGGCAAGUCCAAGGCGUUCUGGGCUGCCGUCAACAACUUCCAGCAGCCCCGAUGGCGCCAGAUCAUGCUGGCAACCACCACGGUAAGUCGUCCAUACUCCAUGAAAGCUCAGCCAAUCUGA